UGUUGCUAGCUUUCUAGGACUGUUGGGCUUUGUUUUAAUACCUUUUGUUUGAAUCAGGACAAAGGGUGAUUCUGAAUGCUUCAUUUUUUGUUUAAUUAUUUAUUGUUCUCCCGUCUAAAAUAGAGGAAAAGGCUUAAUUUGGAGUGAUUAGAUGCAGAGUUAGAUUUUCUGUCUGCACUCAGGGAACAAUUUGAACUUUAAAUAACUCAUCCACAUCAUAUUUGGCAUUAUUUAGAUCUAAAAUUUCCAGUACAAGAAAUAUAUGAAAUAUAUGUUUAUUAUAAAAUAAACAAAGUAUAAACGCUCCGUUCCUUUUUGCUCUCAGGGUUUUCUGUUGGAUUAAGAAAAUAAAAAUGGGUCAACUGUGUACCAAGUGUGUUCAAUUGCUUUACGACUUUGCUGUCUCAGUGAAAACACUGUUGUCAGGUUUGUUGCUUGACAUUAGAGAGUGUUUGGCUCAGAUCGCUGACUGCCCUUGCCUAAAACGAAAAAAUGUUGAAAUGAGGCAGCUCUACAAACCUGUUCUUCAUCGUUAUGAAGAGGAAACUGCCCAAGAAUUUCUGCAACACAUUGAAAAAGGUUUUGAAAUUUCAUCACUUGGCAAGAUCUCUUUAGAGGCCUUGAAGACCUUGGCAUUUUCUGAUCAUCCCGGUUUGCAAAUGCUUGCUGCUCUCUACUAUCUACACAUAAGCCAAGACUCAGUAAACAUCCAUCUGUCCCAAGAGCAUUUGGAAACAUAUUAUGCUUUGCUGAAGUCUAAUGAUUUGGAGGUUCAGCAGAUUUCAUCCUUAUCCCUGCUCAGUUUUUUAUUAGAAGGAAAUGUAACCAAGGAGCAUGUCAUAGAAAUGGAUUUACUUGAGCCAAUCCUAGAGCUACUUGAAUCGGAUGAUAUCACUGUCCAGGGUAAUUCCUGUGCCUGCUUAAUGAUGCUGGCUGACUCAGAGGCCUGUCGGAAUGCAAUUGCAGCAGCUGGAGGAACUAUACCCUUACUUUCCCUUUCUAAAUCACAUGAUAUUGGCGUUCAACAAAAUGCCAUUCAAGCUAUUUUCAACCUCACACGAUCAGAAUGGAUCCAAAGGGUUUUGGUUCGUCAAAGUGCUCUCCCAAUUCUCACCCGUUUAUUAGAGUCUCCCGACACAGAAGUUCAGUACUACAGUUGUGCUGCUCUUAGUAAUGUGGCUACAAAUUCACAGCACCACAAAGCUAUGCUUCACGUUGGUGACAGGUUUCUUCUGCAGACUCUGCUUUCUCUCUUGUCUUCAGGUGUGGACAAGAUUUCAAACCAGGCUUGUAUUUGUCUCAGGAAUUUAGCCACAAAUGAAUUUGUUCUGACCAGUCUUGUUGCCAUGCAUAUCCAGUCCCGCCUUCUUCCUCUCUUGACAUUUAGCAGUAAAGAGAUUCAGCAGAAUUCAGUAAUUCUCCUCCAGAUAUUAUCCCAACACUCAGGCAACCAGGAUGCCCUGAUGUCUGAUGAGAUGCUGCAAAUUUUGGGGGAACUGUUGCUUACCUGGAGAACAGACCCAGUAAUUGUUGGCCAUAUGGCUUGCCUCAUCAAAAAUCUCAGCCUUUCUAAAAACAUACAGAAAAUCCUAGAAAGCCCAUGCAUCGAAGGCCUUCUUCAAGCUAUCCACAGUGUCCACAUACUAGAAGAUUCCCUUUUCUAUGUGAUAUCUUGUCUUGCUGAACUGGUGAAGCAUGAAGGAACCACGGCGCAUAUUGUAGCAUUGAUGGAUGAACCAUUGAUAAAUCAUUUGGUGAAAUUAGCUAACCAGGUGGAACAAACCGAGCUUUCAUUCCAAGCUGCCUUUAUGAUCAAACGCUUGGUAAGGCAUGAGGAGAUAGUGUCUCUGUUAAAAACUCACAUGAACCAGGUUCAGCAAUAUCUGAUGAAGUAUCUUAUUCACCGGGAGAUUCGUUUUCAGCAUCUGGGCAUAACCACUCUCUGUGCAUUACAGAAAGAUCCAGACUUUUCGGCAGCAUUCAGUAACAGUGAACUGAAGAAGCACCUUGAUGAAAUCUGUCAACAAACUGAAAUUAUGCAAGAGUUUCUCAGUGUUGCUAUUAGACAUAUGGAGGCAUGAGAGACACUUCCAGUCUGCACAUCAUUAGCCAGAAUAGAGAUUAUUAGCCUCUGAAUAGGCACCUGGGCUAAGAUAUUGGCAUCUCAGGUUUAACAAAGCAGCCUUGGGAAAAUCCACAACAGCUACAUACAUAAGUUAUGAUGUCUGUUAUUUGGGUAGAAAUGAAAGAGACAUUUCCCCCCCCCCCCCCACAAGGCAUCUAAACAGAAUCCAUUGAAAAUAAUUGGGUUUGUGAUUGUAUCAAAAAUAUGUCACUGUUGUCUUAUCUAUGCAUUCAUGGACCAGUUUUAUAGCAAUACCACUUAGACUUAUAUACCGCUUCAUAGUGCUUUUACAGCCCUCUCUAAGCGGUUUACAGAGUCAGCAUAUUGCCCCCAACAAUCUGGAUCCUCAUUUUACCCACCUUGGAAGGAUAGAAGGCUGAGUCAACCUUGAGCCUGGUGAGAUCUGAACUGCCAAACUGCUGAUAGCCCGUGAUCAGCCGAAGUAGCCUGUAGUACUAUACUCUAACCAAUGCGCUACCGCGGCUCUUAUAGUUCUAAAGACAGAUGGACCAAUCUAAACAUAGUUCUGUCAUACAGAUGUUGCAAUUUAACACCAUCCUUGCUCAUUUGUAAUCUGCAGUUCUCUGCUGAUGCAGAUAAUCUUGCCCUGGAAUAUACUUUGGCAAUAUUCUUAUUUUAAUAAACUGAAAUUGGAUUGUUUUAAGAGCUUUGAAAUGGGGGGGGGGAUCUCUGCUAGCAAACAAUUAUGUAUAUGCAGCUUUCCAAGAUAAAUUUGUGAAGCUUUUAUUAAAAUGGGCAUUUUUAGAAAAAUGUAUUUAUGUAAAAUGAUUGUAUUGUUGUGACUGCUUUAAGAUGCUGUAUAUAGGCCAUGAUUGAGUAAUCACAUCCUUGGCUCAUUAAUGGAUACGACUUCAAGGAAGGGAAGUAAAGCAUUCCCAUCAUAUUAGAACAUGUGGAACAGGCAGAAAUAAUGGGAGACAGGUGGUUCCGUAAAUGACAGUUGCUGGAUCCAAAGGUUUCUAUGUAUGUGCAUAUUUGUGUUAAAAUGCUCUGUAAGUAGAAAGAUUCCUGAAUGACAUGGGUUAUUCACCAAAGAGGACAUACUGUACCUAGUUGCACAAAGAAACCUAUUCAGAACCUGUUUCUAUACAUACGUGACGUGCAUAUGCUCAAGAGCUCUUAGUUUAAUUCAGCUCUUACAUCUGAAAUAAAUUGAUUAUUGUAUCCUAUUGAAAAAAAAUCUGUAUAUUUCCCUUACAUAGAAGAUUACUGCUUUCUUUGUGCUACUAAAAUCAAAUGUCUGGAAGCUAUGUCCAAAGUUUGCAUCUAAUCUAGUUUUGAGUGAGUCUGCAGUUGUCUGUAAACAUAGUAAAAAAAUGAAAGCAUGCACAUAAGCGUGAUCUCCAAUAACUUAUUGUGCUUUUGUUUUUGGGCCUUUGCGUAUUGAAGAUUGCGCUGCAGGACACUCAGUGGCAGCGAAAUACAUUUUUCACAAGAAACAAAACAUACUUUCUUCCUGCCAGUUUAUAACUGGAAAUGCCCACAUGUGUUUCAUCUCUUAUUAUAUUGGAUUUUUAAAUUGUUAGAAUCUUGUUUAUAGGAAGCAACAUAAAGUGUUAUAAAUAAUAUUUUAGAAGAUAAGAAUGUCGCAGGACACAGAAGAAUAAGAACUGCCUCCAGAGAUGGAAAUGGUCAUCUGAGCCAUAUCCAGCAUUUCUUCUAAGAAUCGGCUGUGUUCCUCAAGGAUUGUUGAAUCUAUUCCUCCCAUUAGACUGCAGGAAGACCAACUCUUAGCUCCCUCAUUAGACAAUGCCUGAACUUCUCAAAUAACUGAAUAUCAUCUAUUUCAUGCAAUCACCAUUCUGCAACACUAUGAUAUCAAACAGACCAGGUCUUAGUGCCUUAGAAUGAAAGAUGGAAUAUCCCAAGUAUCGGGAGGCUUCUGAACCCAACACCAUUCUUGCUGGGAUUCAGCCAAAACUCUUCCUUCCUAUCCAACUCUAAUGGCUUACAGACAUCUGGACAGGAUCUUCAGUAACAUUUCCUGUUCAGCCUAUACGAUAUGGAGAGCAUUAUGUGUACAUUAGCUGCAUCUUCAUUUUUCCAAGUCUGGAAAAAGCUCAUUGAAUUCAAAGAAUGACAUUAAGCCAGAAAGCUUUGUUUUAUUUGCUGAACUGUCUGCUAACUAGAUAAAUUAAGAAAAGCCAAACUUGCAUUGUUAAUUAUAGCCACGUUUUUUAUUGUUUAUUUUGUACUCAACAAAAUUAAUAAAUACAUUAUCUAAGAUACAA